AUGUCUGGAAUGGCAGGCGACACGGCCAGUACGGAUGAAGGAUCCGAUCAAUCCACGCCUAAUGUGCGCGGGCCAGAUACGUAUGCCGGCCGCGUUCGCGAAUCCGCCAGCAAGACGCGCGAAAAGAUUGCCAACCGCUUCCAACCGGGUGACACCAAAGCCACUUCUCGUCGACUGUCCGACACGCCUUCCAACGCGCGCCAACAAUUCCGGGAGUUCAGUCCCAAGGAAUCUGCCAAGGAGUCGGCGCAGAAGAGUAAGUCGAUGCUGCAAAAUGCACAGGAGACCGUCGCCAAGGCGCUCGGAGGGGGUUCGCGUGGGGCGAGCUGA